AUGCGACUAUCCGCGCCGUCCCGCUUCACCACCUCCGUCCGGCCCAGGUCGACCCAGCCCAAGUCCAAGGCUGCCGCCUCCACAACCACAACCACAACCACAACUACGCCUACAACUACGCCUACAACUACGCCAUCGCCCACGCCCACGCCGACUCCAACACCGUCGAGAUCGAGCUCACGACCGCGAGAGCAGCUGUCUCACUACCGCCUCCUCUUCAACAAUGUGCGCCCGCAGCUGACUGACGACCAGUUCGCAAAGAUGAGACACCAGGAGCCCGUUCGGCUGCCCUUCGACACCGCCGGCAAUGGGCCCGUUGGCAUCCCAGACGGCCCUCCUGGCGCCGGCGAGGGCAGCGAUGGCACCGGCAGAGGCAUCCUGAUCGGCCUGCUGUCGGCCUUUGGCUCGGCCGGCGUCGCCCUGCUGGUGCUCGCCCUCUUCUUCUUCUUCAGAUACACCCAGCGAGGCCGCAUCCUGCUCGACCGCAUCGGCCGGCCGGGCGAGUACGACGACGAGCAGGAGUUCGCCCGCGAGGAGGCAGAGGCCCUCGAGUCCAUGGACGAGCUGCAGGCUGCCGAGUACUUUAGAGCAAAAGCCUUCGUUCAGGCAAACCCGCCAGAGACAAUGCAAACCGAUAUAUCGCUCUCCCAGUUCCUUGCGAUCCAGGAAAAGGGCGUGUCAGCAUGGGAGUUUGAGCCGGAGCUCGAGAUUGCCAACUGCUUUGUCGAGGGACGCACCGAGAUCGAGUUCUUCGACUCCGAGUGUGGCGUCCAGAGCAACCUGCCUGUCCCGAAGCAGAAUGACGUUUACUACUGGGAGGCGAAGAUUUACGACAAACCGGAGACCACGCUCAUCAGCAUCGGCAUGACUACCAAGCCCUAUCCGCUUUUUAGACUGCCUGGCGUGGGCUACCGACCUCGCAGCGGAACCAUCUUCUUCACUCGCAACGGCAAGAAACUCGACGAUGUAGCCCACGGCCUUCGGUCGCAGAACUUCUUCCCUACUGUUGGUGCCAACGGGCCGGCUACCGUGCACGUCAACUUCGGCCAGAUGGGCUUCGUCUUCAUCGAGGCCAACGUCAAGAAAUGGGGUCUUGCGCCCAUGACCGGAAGCCUGGCUCCUCCGCCACCAUACGGCAGCGAGCAGGGAAGCAUUCUUCUCGAGGCCGGAGGCGAGAGCUCAAUCGCGGCCCAGGAAGCUGCCGGUCACCAGAUGCACGGCUCUACCACUGCACCUGUACAGCAAUGGUGGCAUCCAGAGUACAUCCAACACCACGCCCAGCAUGCUCAUCAGGUACUGCAGCACCAGCGUCAGCAGCAGCAGCAACAACAACAGCAGCAGCAGCAACAGCAGCAGCAGUCGCAAACACAUGCACGAACCCGCAGUGGGACGGUACGAGGACACAGUCUGCAUCCAUCCACUCAGGCGCCGUCAGCACCCGUCCGGACACCAACAGACAUCUCCCUGGGCCCCUUGCCUCAUAUAGCCUCGCCAUCAGCCUCCUCGACUGCUGGGGCUGCAGCUGCUUCACCCUCGACUGUCACUUCAGACGCCCCCGCUGGUUCCGAGACGUCUGAGGCCACGACCGUUGUUCUGGUAGGCAAUAAUGGCAACAACAGCAGCAGCAACAACAACAGCUACAGUGCCAGCGCCAGCAACAACCGUCCUCCGCUCGAUGACGUUCCUCCGCCAGAAUACCGUAGCCCAGGUCACUCGCCGCCGUGCGGCCAGGCCGGAGGUCCCCCAGGCGAGGUCCCGCCUAUACCAAGCUACGAUGCAGCAGUUCGUCAGUCCAGGGAACGAGACGGCCCACGAGAUCAAAACGACUCUUGA